UAUCAUAGAAUAUGGAGAUUGAGGUUACUGGUUCAGGGUUCGAUCGGCCUGAAUUAGAGAUGGGUUUUCCUGUUGCCACCGCCGGUAGCGGCGGCGGCAGUGGAAGAGAUGAGUCGGCGGUGUACUUGGUGUGGGAAGAUGUCACAGUGAUGCUGCCCAAUUUUGGGAAAGGCCCAACAAGAAGAUUGCUUCAAGGGCUUAGCGGAUAUGCUGAACCGGACAGAAUCAUGGCCAUCAUGGGUCCUUCUGGGUCCGGCAAGUCUACCCUUCUCGACUCAUUGGCAGGGAGACUUGCUUCAAGUACUGUUAUGACUGGGAAUGUUCUCAUCAAUGGGAGAAAGCGAAGAUUAAACCAUGGAGUUGUUGCUUAUGUGACUCAAGAGGAUGUACUGUUAGGGACACUAACAGUUAAAGAAACAAUAACUUACUCAGCUCAUUUGAGGUUGCCUUCUACUAUGAGCAAAGAAGAGAUAGAUGAAGUGGUAGAGGGCACAAUUAUGGAGAUGGGUCUUCAAGAAUGUGCAGAUAGAAUGAUAGGUAACUGGCACCUAAGGGGCAUCAGUGGAGGUGAAAAGAAGAGAGUGAGCAUUGCACUUGAGAUCCUUACUCGCCCCCGUCUUUUAUUCCUUGAUGAACCCACCAGUGGACUUGACAGUGCAUCGGCUUUCUUUGUGAUCCAAACCCUUAGAAAUGUCGCUCGUGAUGGAAGGACUGUUAUCUCCUCCAUCCACCAACCAAGUAGUGAGGUAUUUGCUCUGUUUGAUGAUCUGUUCCUACUUUCAGGAGGUGAAACUGUUUAUUUUGGAGCAGCAAAGAUGGCUGUAGAGUUCUUUGCUGAAUCUGGCUUCCCCUGUCCUAGUAGAAAAAACCCUUCUGAUCACUUCCUUCGUUGCAUUAAUAAGGACUUUGAUAUUGUAAAUGCCACUCUAGUUGGAUCUCAAAGAAUCCGUUUUUGUGAAAUCGAGUCAACAUCAGAUCCUGUAAAUCAAAUGCCAAGUGCAAAGAUCAAAGAAAUUCUGGUCCAGAAAUACAAAACUUCAGAGUAUGGAGCAAGAACACGAAGAAGGAUCCAGGAUAUCUUACUAAUUGAAGGACUUCUUGUGAUAUCAGACAGUGCCAGUGAUGCUAGCUGGUGGAAACAGCUAACCACAUUGACACAGAGAUCUUUCAUAAACAUGACUAGAGAUAUUGGGUAUUAUUGGUUAAGGAUUGCAAUCUACAUAGUUGUUGCCAUCUGUGUUGGGUCAAUCUACUUCGACAUUGGGACUAGCUAUUCUGCGAUCUUAGCUAGAGGCGCAUGUGGUGCUUUCGUGACAGGCUUCAUGACAUUCAUGUCUAUAGGAGGUUUCCCAUCUUUUGUUGAAGAAAUGAAGGUCUUCUAUCGCGAAAGGCUCAAUGGCCAUUACGGGAAUGCAGUGUUCAUCCUAUCAAAUUUUCUCUCAUCAUUCCCUUACUUGGUUGUGAUUAGUAUUGCUUCUGGAACAGUUGCAUUUUACAUGGCAAAAUUUAGUAGAGAGUUCAGCCACUAUGUAUACUUCUGCAUUAAUCUUUUCGGUUGCAUCGCUGUUAUAGAGAGCUUAAUGAUGGUUGUUGCUUCACUGGUACCCAACUUCCUCAUGGGCAUCAUAAUUGGAGCUGGAAUUAUGGGAAUUUUGAUGAUGACUUCCGGGUUUUUUCGUUUACUGCCUGAUCUUCCCAAGCCCUUCUGGCGAAUCCCAAUUUCGUAUCUAAGUUAUGGGUCAUGGGCAUUACAGGGUUCAUACAAGAAUGAAUUGGCUGGAUUUGAGUUUGAUCCCUUAGUUCCAGGUGACCCAAAACUGAAGGGCGAUGUGAUCAUCCAUACCAUGUUUGGUAUCAAAAUGGAUCACUCAAAGUGGUUAGAUUUGCUUGCUGUGUUUAUCAUUCUAAUUGCCUAUAGAUUACUCUUCUAUAUCAUACUUGAGCUCAAGGAGAGAGCAUUACCAGUAGUCCGAGCAUUCUACAUGAAGAAAACUAUCCAACGCCUUAACAAGAGGUCUUCAAUCAAGAAGAAGCAAUCCAUUUCAAAGCGAUUCCCAACCUUACAUCCAUUAUCUUCUCAGGAGGGUUUCAACUCCCCAAUCCCUUAAGA